AGGUUCAUGAUCAGCCAAAAACACAAGAUUUUAUAAUACCGAAUUGAAGGUAAUCACCAAUAACCAAAAGAAUCGACGUGACUACAAUAAAAUGACAUAAUGAAUGGAUCUGGCUCAAAUAGCUCACUCAAUGAUUGCUUGGAGACGGCAGUAUGGUAUAAGAUCGAAGAUGCUAAGAGGGGUCGGGGUUUCGAUGACAUAGCGAUCGACUAUGAAAUAUUAACUAGCCGUGUGGAAGUCUUGCAAAACGAUUGCGAUGAUGAAACGCUCAUCACCAGCAAGGCUCAAGAAGGAAUGAAAAUGUGUACAGAACUGUCAAACGAUUUAGAAAAAUCAGCUGGAAGGGGAACAGAUUUACUACGCGGACUAGAGGACCUCAUUGAGGAUUUACUCUUCAGAUUAGAGACGAUACAUCACUCUGGGCCUGGAGCAGAGGAGGAAACUGAGGAGGUGGAGGAGGAAGAGGAGGAGCCCUUCGAUGAGGAAGAUGCCAACUCUGAGAUAUUGGCGCUCCUGAAAGAGAGGGCUAAAGUUAAGUCCACUGUCGAACGUAACAUCUUUUCCUGUAAUGCUAAACUCAGCAACAUAAAGAAGGAAAUCUCAGAACUGGUAAACAGCAACCCCCGAAACCGACGUAUGAGUAAACAGUUCAAAGCCCUUAAUUUCGCUGGGAUGAGUAUGGGAAUCGGAGCCCGUAAAGAACCUCGGCCGAGUAUCAUUGUUAAAACCCAAGAAGAACCGGAACAGUUCAACCCUGCAGCCUUGGAUGUCAAUUCUACAGUUCAAGCUGUUUUGAAAUUCAUAAACGAUCAGGAUUUUCUUCCAGAAGAGGCGAACCCUGCAAUAGCAAAAGUGAACGCUUUGCAAAAGUUUCUACAGCACUCCAAGAACGAACUUAAAGCUGCAAACCAGAGAGCUACAGAGGAUCAAAUCAAAUGCAACAACCUUGCAAAUCGGUUACCCAAGUUGGAAGAGAGUCGAGUAAAACUAAGUCAGCGGGUCGACACCUUACAAGACCAAAUCAAGGACAAAGACACGACAAUAGCUAAACUGAGCAUGAAAAUAAGUUCAUUAGAAAGUAUGGCCAAUAAACCCACGGCCACGACUAACUCCUCAGUGGUAAAGGAGCGGAAGGAAAGCAAGGGGAAUAUUAAACAAGCUGUGGUCCCUAAAGCCGUGUUGCGAGAAAUCCUCCAGUCGUCAGAUAUUGAAGUCGAAGGUAAACUUCAAGCACUGGCUGCUUCAAACGAAGCGAUAAGGGUAGUGUUAGUCCGGAAGAACAAGCAAAUCAGGCAGUUGGAAGGGACCAUCAUCCAGCUGAACGCCACAGCUAACUCUCAGAAAACCAAGAUCGUGGAAUUGGAGGAAGCGAUUAUAUCGGGGACAGCUAAUGCGGAAACUAUCAGGGAGGAGAGAGUGGAGCAGAAGCCCCUUGUUAUUGAUGAGCUACCACCGCCCCCUUCUCCUGAUAUUGAUAUCGUAGAUUCCAGUCAUAUUACUGAGUCCAUAGACCUAGAUUCUGAGGGGAUGAGUACCCCAACUUCUAAUGAAAUUAUACUGAUUGACGGAGCUACAAAUACAGAAAUAGAGAUGGAAGAUUUGGAAACUCAAACGGAUGAGGUUGAAGAAAAAGACAGCGAUUUUGUCAGUCCUGAUUUGGGUGAAUUAUUCAUGAACAAGAGGAAGAGAAGAGAAAGCAGAAAAGUGAGUGUGGCGAUUGCAGCUGAUGCUGGCAUUCGAAAAGCUGCACGAAGGGUAAGCGUUGUUGAAGCCGCCCACAGAAAAGGCAGUAUGUCACAAAAAGAUGUGUUCGGUAUUGGAGCGGGGUCAAAAUCCCUCACAAAAUCUGACCUGGCUACGUUACAUGAGUUUCAGCGGACACACGACAUAAACAACAAAACAGUCAAACAAGUUGAAGAUAUUGCUGUACUGCAAAAGUACAUAGCUUCAAUGCGUGAGCAAUCUGAGAAAAGCAUGGAAAAAGUCCGAGAAUUUAUAGGAAAAGAGAAAACAAGAAACGAUGCGACUAUCAGAAGGCUGAUAAACGAGCACGAGAAAUUCCUAAGUAACCACAAGAAAGAAUUUAACAAAGUGUUCUACUCCAUACAAAGAUUUAGAGAAAUGCUGAUUGAGAUACUAAACGGAAAGGAUAUAACACAGAUCGUGCCAACAACUACUGUCAAGAAUGAAAUGAGUCCAAUACAACUACGUAUUCAAAGUACUGAGACGCUCAGUUCGCUGGAAUUUGACGUCUUUCAAGCAAUCAAGCAGAAGGACAUGAAGAUAAGAGAUCUUUCGGGAAGAAAACGUCUGGACGAUAAAGACUUAGAUAGACGAAUUAAAGACAGAGAGAAAGCUGUAUUUUCAAUUCUUGAUCACAUGAACGAUAGGUUAAAGAAGGAAAAGGAACUCGUUUCAAAGAAAGAAAAAUGGGUUAACGAGAAAAUUAAAACUGAGCUGGAAUAUGAAAAAGCUCAGGAAAACGAAGUUCAAUCUAUAGAGAAAGCUCUAGUAAAGUUCUGGAAGGACCAUCCCGAGCUAGUUGGGACAUUGGGAAUGAGUGAGGUGCAGUCUCGUACCCCUUCUGCAACCCCUCAUGCCUCUUCUGAAAUUCCUAGUGCUGUUAAUGAUCCAGGGGAAGUAUUGCCUGAUCAACAGAACAUACUACCCUUCCCUGGUCCACAAAGAGUGUUGCCUGCACCUCCUUCAAUGUUUGAGGAGGUUUCAGAGCAGUCGCUCGUGCCUAGAAUGUAUGUUAGGGUGGCGGAUCAGAGAGGUAACCUUGAUACAUUCGAUAAAGCCCAUAGAUUGGGGAUAAUUAGCAAUCUCGCUCACAAACUUGUCUCCAACAUCAUCAACAGGUGGUUGGAGUUGAUAGAAACGAAGAUCUGUCACUUGUUCCGAGCCUACAUCAAGUAUCGCCGGUUCUCAGAUCUUCAGAACGAAGUGAUGAAGGAGGAACAUGGUUCCAGUGACAUGAACCGGGCUUUCCUUCUUCACCGCAGGAUUAGAAAUGCUAUGGACCUCCAGCACAAACGACUUCACAUCCAAAUAGGAAAAUUUUCAUCGUACUGCGGAAGCUUGCUAGAGGAAGAGGAACACUUCUUUGAUACUCUGCAGGACAGCAAACUUCUUAAAUCUGUCGUGAGACCAGUUUUUCAUCAAGGCAAUUGUAACCUGAUGUUUAAGAAGCUUCUGGACGUACAAGAAAAGCGUACAAUAAACGUGACAGUCCCCUAUGUAAUGAAGCAGGACAGCACCUCUACUUCCAGCACUAUUCCUGCUAAAUUAGAGGAAAUUCCAGUGUUGAAACAAGUCGCCAACAAUAAACAAAUUGGGAACUGGAAAACUGAUUAUAAAGAUGACAACCGAUCCAAGCCCCUCCUUAUACCAAAAAUGUUCCAACUAGACACCGACAGAAUGGGGGCUAUCAGACUAUUUACAAAACAGCCGGCACAGCCACGUUCCCCGAGUCGCAGAAAUGCUAGCAGAUUUACAUUGUCUGGACUACCUCCAAUUCCACACUUGGAGAGAAUUUCUUACAUUCCUACCAUAUCCUCUGUUUGGUCUACUACUGACAAGGAUAAAACUGAACCUUAGAUAAAACUACUUCUCAAAAUUUGCAAUAUUAGUUGCAGAGAAUUCGAUUGUUUGAUUUUGUACAGAUUUUCUUUAAUGAGACUAAUUUAAGAUAAUACCCAAUACUGUUUUUUAUCAUUUUGACCAAAUUUGUAAGUUCAUUUCCGAAUUUUUAGAUUAAACACAGGUGAGUGUAAGUUUUAUCUCAUUAGUGGUGUUAUUACACUUUGCUCUUGGAUUUAUUAUUACUUCAAAUGUGAACAAUU